AUGUACAGCAAACUGGAAAUUGUUGCAAAGCUCACUAGUCUACUGAUUUAUUUUUCGGUAUCAGGAUCGGCUCAAUUCCUGGAGACCAUCAGUGGAGAAAGAGGACAUGCACUAUCGCCAGAUGCAGUGGGUCCAUGGACAGCCUUACUGCAUUAAUCCGGGCGCAUCGUUUGCGUAGGAGCCCUAGUGCACGAGCGGUGUAUCCUGACAGAUGUACAAUGUGGAGACUCCGUUGGGUACGGAAGAAUUGGUUCUGAACUGGCGGAAGACCAUGUGGUCGCUGCAUUCUUCAGAAACGCCAACUUUAAUCCGAAAACGCAGGCGAAUAACAUUGCCCUAAUGAAACUGGUCCGAACCGUUGUGUACAAAGAGCAUAUAAGACCGGUCUGCAUUCUGCUAGACUUACGAAUGCAGACGUUAGCUGAUGACAUGGACUAUUUCAACGGAACUACAUGGCAGAACUCAGACAACAGCUCUGGGCUGAGGUCCAUAACUGUGGUCCGGAUGCCGCAGGCAUGUGGAGAACUGGACAAGAGUCAGUUCUGUGCCGGCCUCAAGGAUCUGGAAUCCUGUGACGAACCCUCUGGCGCAGCCUUGACUUGUGAAAUUAACUACAUUGGUCCAAGCCGGGCAGUUCUGUUUGGAAUCGCGAAUUCAGUUGAUGGAAAAUGCUCAAACUCGCGAACUUACACCGAUGUGGUAAGACUGCACCACUGGAUCGGAAUGGUAAUCUAUUCCUUCAACACCAAAGAUGCUAUGGACGAACCACACAAUACUGUUGCAACUGAACUGGACGAACUGUAUAGAACACAACGAAAGAACAGCGGCUUUGAAACCACGUCUAGGAAAAAAUAA